CCCCAAUGCAAGCGUGACCCCAGCAGCUGGGACAGGGGGAACCCUGAACACCAGAGGGGAGGGAGCAGGGACGGGGAAUUCCUGGGCAGGGUUUUCCAGUGCUGAAUCUUGGUGUUUGGGAGGUUUUUCUGGAGGUCAGAUGGCCGGUGAAUUGUAGAGAUGGACGUGGGCAGAGGGACCUUCAAACUCAACAUGCUCGUCCCUUGUUUUCCCCAAACCAGGAUUUCCCAUUGUCACUUCUUGUGAGGUAGUGAGGAAGAGGAAGAUGUCCCUGGGACACAGAGUCAGAGCAGGAGCUGAGCAUGGAGAGCAGGGAGGACAAAUCCCCGCAGCAGAACCUCGUGGCAGAGGCCGUUUUGAGCGGCUCCACGGCGCAGGAACCCAACGGGGAGGAAAAGCCCCAGAGAUGCCGCACGAGGAGGGGCUGCAAACGCAGAUGGCGGGGAUCUGAGGGGGAAAGAGCCAGCCUGGGCCGGGAAGGCGGCCGGAGAUGGAGCCAGAGCUCGGAGCUGGUGGUCCAUGAGCAGGUUCCUGAUGGGGAGAAGCCCCACAAGUGCUUGGAGUGUGGGAAGAGCUUCAGGUGGAACUCCCACCUGAUCAUCCACCACAGGGCCCACACUGGGGAACGGCCCUACGAGUGUGAUCAGUGCAGGAAGAGGUUUCAGACCAGCUCCAGUCUCCUCGUGCACCAGCGCACGCACACAGAGGAGAGGCCCUUCCGCUGCCCCGACUGCGGGCAGGGCUUCAGGCACAACUCCCACCUUGUCAGACACUGGCACAUCCACACUGGGGAGAGGCCCCACGAGUGUGAGGAAUGUGGGAAGAGCUUCAGGCACAGCUCCACGCUGAUCCAGCACCAGAGGACCCACACUGGGGAACGGCCCUACGAGUGUGGGGAGUGUGGGAAAAGCUUCAGCCAGCAUUCCAGCCUGAUUGUCCACCAAAAGAUCCACUCUGGGGAGAGGCCCUACGAAUGUUCCAAGUGUGGGAAGGGGUUCCAGAUCCGAUCCCAUCUCUUCCAGCACUAUCAGAUUCACACAGAGGAGAGGCCCUUCUGCUGCCCCGACUGCGGGAAGGGAUUCAGGCACAACUCCACCCUCGUCAGGCACCGGCGCAUCCACAGCGGGGAGAGGCCCUACGAGUGUCCCCAGUUUCAAGAUGAGGCAGAGUUGCGAGAAAAGCUGUGCCUCCAAUGA